AUUCAUAGUUAACUCAUUUGGGAAGCCAACCAACAAUUUCUACCGCAUAAAUUUCUCCUCAAUUGUCCCACUUCUUAUCAAGCGCACAACCUCAACUCCCUUCAACUACUCCAUGGCUUUCCGGUUUUGCCUCUUUGCCAUGGCAAUUUUGAUCGCCAACCUUGGUGGAUGUUAUGGGGCACGGCGUCUCCUCGACACGGCGGCUGCACCCUCUGUCUCAGCCAUACCGACACUUCCAGCAGUGCCACCUGUGCCGGCCAUUCCACAACUAUCUAUGCCACCGAUGCCUCAAGCCUCAGCACCUCCGAUGCCGGCAAUGCCAACCAUUCCAACGCCAUUGAUGCCGACAAUCCCUCAACUACAGACACCAGCACAACCGAUGCCAACGAUUCCAACGCCAUUGAUGCCGACAAUCCCUCAACUACAGACACCAGCACAACCGAUGCCAACCAUUCCAACAAUCCCUUCCAUUCCUCUACUCACCCCACCACCGGCGACUACCACAGCCCCAUGACAUCCUAUUGAGCGAGCUACUUCGAGCGUAUUAUGUAUCUUCACUAGUGUUUUACGAGUGUUUACAUUGUCGGUAGGAUUGUGACGGACAUUGUGAAGUCUUGUUCAUCGAUCUUAUUUACUUGUAUGGCAUAAGAAUAAAUACCAAUCAGUCUACAUUUGAUCCUAA